UUCAACAGUGUGACCACUCUCUUGAUUCAUAUACUUACAGCAAAGCCUUCAUCUCUGUCAUGGAUUAUAGAUCUAAAUUGAUGGCUUCAGUAACAGAUGCCAGAUUCAGGCAGAAAGAUACUUCAGACCAAAAUUUUGAUUACAUGUUCAAGCUCCUGAUCAUUGGCAACAGCAGUGUGGGUAAAACAUCCUUCCUCUUCAGAUACGCCGACGACACCUUCACUCCAGCCUUCGUCAGCACAGUGGGGAUCGACUUCAAGGUGAAAACAGUUUACAGGAAUGACAAGAGGGUGAAGCUGCAGAUUUGGGAUACAGCUGGACAAGAAAGAUACAGGACCAUCACUACAGCCUACUACCGAGGAGCCAUGGGCUUUGUCCUCAUGUAUGAUAUCACCAGUGAGGACUCCUUCAAUGCUGUGCAGGACUGGGCCACACAAAUCAAGACUUACUCCUGGGACAAUGCACAAGUGAUCCUGGUUGGAAACAAAUGUGACAUGGAGGAUGACAGGAUUGUUCCUGUGGAGAAGGGGAAACAUCUGGCAGAUCAGCUGGGUUUUGACUAUUUUGAAGCCAGUGCCAAAGAAAACAUCAACGUGAGGCAGGUGUUUGAGCGUCUCGUGGAUAUAAUUUGUGAGAAGAUGUCAGAGAGCAUAGAAUCAGACAAUUCCAGGGGCACUUCUGGAAGGAGCAUGAGGCUCACAGACAACCCCCCCCCUUCACAGCAGAACUGCUCGUGCUAGUGACCUUUCACACUGAGAAAUGUCCUUCUCCCCUGAUUAAAUUUUAUCUUUUCAUUUGUGCUGGUGCAUUGUCGUGUAGUCCAGAGGCAGAAGUGUCUGUUGUAGGAAGCUGGUAUGUUUGUUUAAUGUGCUGGAGUGUUAAUAUUAUGUAUUUCCUCAUCCAAUACUUUAUUAAUCUGAAAAAAUAUUUUCAGUGCACCUUGUGUGAAUGUGAGUUACACUGAAGAAUAAUAAUUGUGUAGUGAUGCAAGUGUUAUUUCUACAGAAAAUGUUGCAUUUUUAAAUUAUAAAUUCCUCUAAUGCAGAAAGUGUUUUUUUGUCAAGGACAGCAGGAAGCACAAAAACCAAUUAGAAGGGAUCAGGUCUAAGAGAAGAAAAGGGAAAACUCUUAUAAAGCAAGAAUAUGCUUUUUUUAAAACAUAAAAUGAACAAACAAAAAACAUCCCCAGAUAUUUUGAGAAUCAUUACUGUCCUCCAGACAUGGACCUCAGUUUUUCUGUAGGAUGGAGCAGAAAGCAGAGCCUUUCUGUCUGACAGUGUGAGGUCCUCCAGAGUGUGAAGAGGAAAGGGACUGGAUUUUGUGUCAAAUCUCUAAACAGAUGAAGAACACAGGAAGGAAUCAAAGCUGCCAGGCUGGGGAGGAGGAGGAGGAGACCUUGCAGCCACCCCUGUAUUUCCUUUCCUGUGCUUUGGCUGAUGCUGAGUGAAGGAGUAAGAGCCCUUCCAGGGGCUGCCCUUGCCUCCAAACUUCUCCAGCACAGCUUGCAGAGUGCUGGGUAUGUUGUUCUGUUGUGUUGCUAAUCCUCUCUCCCCAGAAUCUGACUGUCCUGCAGCCUUUCCUCUGUAUCCUGUAGUUUUACCUCUCCAGGUCUGGAUCUUCUCUUGUCAGCUGUUUGCUGGUGGAUGUGUUGCAGGAUGAAGGAAAAGAGGAAUUGGCUGCUGAAUGCUUAGUUGGAGGCAAAAACAUCUAAAAAAUGGAAAAGCACUGUCUCAGAAAGAUAAAAAUAUCAGAAGCCAAAAUGUGAGUGUAGCAGGUAUUUGUGCCAAUAUUAUUAGAUUUUCUUUCUGCAUUUUGUUGUUGAUUUAUUUUUUUAAUCUUGUUCUAGAUGGGUGUGUGGGGAGGCUAGAUUUUCUGGGUUCAGGUUCAACCACAAAGUAUAAUUUAAGAGAAGUAAUAGUGAGUAGUAAAACACAACUGCAAAUGAAUAAUGGCAAAAACAUCCUGGUAUUCUGUGAACGUUUUGUGACAUCAUGCUUUGAAGGCAGGCAAAAUUUUUAAAGUAAGUGGAUAAGGAGAGAAGUUUGCUGUCUUAAGGGGAAAAUUCUGGGAAGUUUUAUGGCUUUACCUUUGAGUCGAGUGCCAGCCCACUGCCCUGUAAUGUGCUGGAUCAUGACACCAGUGAGUGCUUUUGUAAUUUCCUUCUGUUGUAUCUCAAGGUGUAAUAGCUCUAAGAAGAAAAGCACAAAAUUCUGGGCAAAAGUGCAACUCUUUUGGGGUGGUUUGAGCUCAUUGUGCUAAAGGCUUGAGCCCUCUGUUUGUCUCUUUUGGGAAUCUCCAUGUGCCGUGUUCUGGGUGUGUGUGAUCGUCCUGAGAGUGUGAUUUGUGCAGUGCUGGGACUGUGGUUGUUGUAUCUAAACCCCUCAAACUGCAAAAUAAAGAGAAAUGUAC